UUCUCCGUCACUUGUCUUGUUUCGUUUGUCUCCUUUGAAACCUUUAAAAGAACGGGACAGAGAGGGGAAGGCUCGGAGUGCGAGAGAGAAGAUGGAGGUUUUUCCUUCGAUUCGUCGAGGGCUGGGCGCCCGCGCUUCGUCUCUUCUCUCGGCUUCUACAGUCUCUCCCUUGACUCCAGAGUUCGUUUCUCCCUCUCAGAAAGUCGAAGCCUUCACUCUCUCCCAUGCUAAGUUCCUCUUCUCUUCUUUUCCAAUCUCUUCUUCUGUCGCUUCGCCGAUGUUCCCCUCUCUCUCCGCUGCAACUUGUGGAAGUCCACCUCGCGGGAAGCUGAGCUUCAGUUCCUCAGCUUCAAGACACGAUUCGUCGCCGCAGAGAGGGAGAACAACAACCGACUCGCUCCCUUCUUUCUCUCCUUUUUUCUCUUCCUCUGUUUUUCCUCCGCGGUCUUCUGCUUGUCUCCUCACCCCUGCAGCGUCUCCUGUCCCUCGGCGGCCCUCUCCCAGGCCGCUGUGUUCGUUUCCUUCCUGUCUCUCCGGCUGCCUGCCUUCUCGCGCCUCCCCACUCUUUCUGUCUCCGGCGUUUCUCCGCGCUUCCUCUGACGACCUGCCUCCAGCCUCUGCGUCGCGUCUCGCCUCUCCAGCCUCUCUCGCCUUCCGGGAUCUUGAACGAGUCUCUCCGCCUCCCUCGUCUGGAAAUGCUUCUCUCGCUGUGUGGGCCGCCGAGGCCUGCAGCGGCGGCCGCGACUCUCGCCGCGGGCUCGGGUGGACGUACACCGCAGACUCGACGCUCCCGCAAGGCCUGUUCGAGGCCGCGCGCUUUGCCUGUCAGAGGCGAGGCAUGAAGUUCGUGCAUCCUCGCCACUGGAUUUUGCAGUGGAAAAUUCGACCCGGUGACAAGGUAGUAGUGAUCUCGGGAAAGUUCAAAACAAUCCGCGGAACCGUCCUGCAAAUUGAUAAAAUGAGAAAUGGAGUGUCUGUCUCGGGAGUCAAGGAGCAAAAGCGAGUGAAGCAAGAAGACGGGAGUUUCAUCCGAAUUCCUGGACUCAUCCAUGUGUCGAAUGUGAUGCUCAUCGACCAAGCCAUCGAUCUACCUACGCGCGUCGCUCUCCGCGUCGACGACCGAGGGAACGUUGUGCGGAUCUCGAAGAAGAGCGGCUUAGUGAUUCCUUGGCCCAACGGGGAAAUGAUUAAAUUUGGAGACAAUCGAAAGUCGAGGGAGUUUCUGAAGAGCAAAGAGGAGAGGGAUGUUGAGUUGAGGAAGGAACAGAACGACGACGAAGAGCGCGCAGGGCCGAAAGACACUCCUGCAGAAGUUGCUGUUGAGAGAACUUACGACUACCAAAGGGACGUGGCGACAAUGCAGGCUCUCAGACAGAUGAUGACGAAAUACAACCGCGACUUUAGGUAGCGAAGGAACUCCCGCGAGAUUCAUGCUGAGAAUGCAAUUGGCUGUUGCGGUCUUUGCCGCGUAACAGACAAAGAAGGCGAUGUGAGCAGCAGCUCUUCAGCAGUGACAGGAGCGCCAGAGCGCCGCUUGUUCCCGUCCCGCUGUCACUUUUUUUUUCUUUCGGAUGUUGUCGAGGGAAACGCGUGCAGUGAGCUGGACUCGCUUCUCGAGGUGUUUGUCCUCGAACUGGAGACUUUUCGGCGCGGCAAGUCUCUAUCCUCCGCCAGGGUGGAUGUUUCAAUACUCCGCUUUGUUCGACAGGAAAGAGGUGGACUCCUCACGGCCGCGCCGCUACCGUGUACGCGAAGAGACAACUUAGAAAAGCGUACUGCAGUCCAUAAGGGAUACCGUUCUGAAAAGAGAGACCCAGCCUUGUUGCUUUGUUUGUACGUUUUUCCUCGGCCUACUGCGGCAGUCCUUUCGAAGAGAAGAAAGUUCAGAUCCGAAUGUCUCUCAGCUAAAGUAUUCAUAUUUAUAAUGGAGUUUCACUCGAAUGAAGAAACUCUCCUCUUUUCUUCUUGAAGUCGACUGGACGUUCUGCGCCGACCCUUCCUCGUAGCGCCAGCUGUCUCAUUUUGUGAAAUCCAGGAUCACCACAAGCAGCGCGAUACGCAUUUCUCGAGACUCCUUCGUGAAUCCACUCUAUAGAGUUGACGUAGGUAGAUAAAGACUGAGGUAUUCCUCACAGGCGACUGCACACACACAUGUCUGUCUGUAGAAUUUUCAGUCUGUUUGUCCGGGAGCUUUCCGCUAUUUGGACGGUGUGGGGGUUUCGUGUACGUUCUUCGCUGAGUG